AUGGGCGCUCGCACCGGAAUCAAUUGCCACGCCCCCUCCAAAUCCUCCACGAAAAAGACCGGCAAGACGCGCUCGGCCCUCCAAGAUGUCGUGACCCGCGAAUACACCAUCCACCUGCACAAGCGCGUGCACGGCCGCUCGUUCAAGAAGCGGGCUCCCUGGGCCGUCAAGUCUGUCGUUGACUUCGCACAGAAGGCGAUGGGCACGACAGAUGUCCGGAUCGACCCCAAGCUCAAUAAGGCGUUGUGGGCACGGGGUAUCAAGUCGGUUCCUCACAGAAUACGGGUCAGGCUUGAACGUAAGCGGAACGACGAGGAGAACGCGAAGGAGAAACUGUACACAUACGCGACUCACGUUGAGCUCGAGUCCUGCGCGGGCCUCCAAACGACGGUUGUGGAUACCGAGUAA